AUGGGAAGAGGGAGAAGUUCGUCGUCUUCGUCGAUAGAGAGUACCAGCAAGAGCAACCCAUUCGGUGGCUCGUCAAGUACUCGGAACCUAAGCACGGAUCUGAGGCUUGGACUCAGCUUUGGUACAUCUUCAGGGACGCAAUAUUUCAACGGUGGCUAUGGGUAUUCCGUUGCAGCUCCGGCGGCAGAGGAGGCGGUAUAUGCAGCGGCGGUGGAGGAGGAAGAAGAGAACGAGUGCAACAGUGUGGGGAGCUUCUACGUAAAGGUGAACAUGGAGGGAGUUCCCAUUGGAAGAAAGAUCGAUCUAAUGUCUCUUAAUGGCUACCACGCCUUGAUCAGAACCCNCAAAAAAAAGCCACGAGACAUGCAAAUGCAAUCACGCAUCUUAAAAAGGAAGCCCAAGUUUUGA